GUUGAUGAGAGGGGAGUAUUCUUCGCAGUAAUGGGAUUUUCAGGGUCACAAGAUUAUUGGGUGGCAUCAUUGGCGACCUCCUAAAAGGCGAGAUUUCCCUUGUACAGUACAGUACCAUGGCCGGCCGUCCUUCGGGAAUGAACCGCCAUCUCCAGCUUUCGAGAAGCCAGGCCGCCGGCCAACCAGGCUUCUCCCCCACACACCAGAUGCCCGCUUUGGAACCAAGAACCAAACCCCCCUCUAAACAAGAAAGAGACGGUGUGCCGAAGAGUCGCAGCAACUUGCAGCAACCCAACUCGAGGCCUUCAGAACCCAUCACAUCCAGUUCCGCGCGAGCCCUUCCAUUCGCGGGAGCCAAGCAACCUAAUGGAAGUGCCACCCACUACGAGAUUCCCGGAGCCAUCCCAUCAUCCAUCAUGGGAUGGGAUGGAUCCAUGGAUGGAUGCUAUUUCAAUCCGCCCACAAUGAAAAGAAAGCGCACAAUACCUAAAUUGCCCUGGCGCAGGCUAGAUGCACCGUUGAUCUCGGUGACUGCAUGGUUUUUCUGGCCGGCAAUCACCUUGGCCCAAAUAAUAAUGUACGCAGUGCCCGUAAUGUUUCUAUCUACGUCCUCGGCCGGGCAUUGAUCCGUGGAGGAUGAUGCAGAGGCUGGUACGGAGGAGGCGCUUGAGCGGCCGAGCUGCAGCGAGAGAAUGCACACCUGCACACCUUCCCACGGAGUACCCGUGGAAAAGGGAAUCCUGCAACUUGAUGCGGGGAGGACGACGGUUGCCGCAAGCCCGCAGCAUACCUGGCGAUAGACAGAAAAAAGCCCAAAUAUUAAGAGGCAACAAAAACACAAAGCCUGUUGCAGCACGGAUACGGAGUACGAUGCGGCGGGUGAACAGAAAGCCGCAUUGUGACGAUCACGGAAUUUCCCAGGGGGGUUUACGCCGCGCCUUGGUGAGCACUGAGAUGACCAGACGGACCGUUGGGUUGUCGGACUCCAUGUUUGGAAC